CGUCUCCUUCAUUUCCUUGUGUAGAUCUCUUGUAGCGUAUAUAGUUCUGACUACAUAAGUAUUUUAUCAAAGGUAAAACCCGGAACAGAUGCUUUAUCGGGUGGUAUUGUUAAAAUUUCGUCAAAUUUGUCUAAUGAUAACCUUUUAUGGUUCGCACACACAAAGUUAAAAUUAAACUAAUAUCGUCAGUGAGUGAUUCAACCAGUUAACGUGAUAUAAUCGACAUACGUCAUUCCCCAAACUACCAAAAUAUCUUCCAGUGAAGAUUAUCUAAAGGUAAAUUAAAAUACUAACUCACUACAGUGGUCUUUUAAGAACAGCCGACAGCAGCUAUUUUGCAACUAUAACACAACGUCUGAUCCGAGACAAAACCCUCGUCACAUAACCAAGUUCGAACCCAAAAAGAGGUGACUUUGAUCAACCAAGAGGACGUUUAUGGGAAACGAUCAAAAUUGAAGGUUAUCAAUAAACCAUCAUAUUUUUUCUGUAUAACCAGAUAAUCCAUUCAUGCGAAGUGAGAUAAAAUGGCAGCAUAUCAUGGUACUUUUGAAAACAUCUGGUCGCGAACUGCUUCGGAGGAAACACUGUUGCUGAACAAUAUUUACCAAACUUCUCCUUCAUCUGCAACACUUAUUUUUGGUAUCAUCCAGACCAUAAUGGGACCUGUGGCUAUUGUCGCAAAUGGUAUUGUUAUCUAUGCAAUAUGGAAAGACCCAUUCAAGACACUUCGCUCUUCUCCAUCAAAUAUCUUGAUAGCAAGCAUGGCGACGUGUGAUGUUCUAGUUGGACUGGUGUGCACAACUUCCCAAGCUAUUUUGUUUUUCGGUGCAUAUACUAAAUCCAUCGGCCUUACUAUUUUUUGGAUUCCAAUAGCGUUUAGUAUAGGAGUGCUUUUAAUAGGCGUUUCAAUGUUUCAUAUAUUGGCUUUGACUAUCGAUCGAGUUAUUGCUGUUGUCGAUCCCCUUCGGUACAAAUCUCGCGUAACUAAAUCAAAAAUGUUUGCCUGUACACUUCUGAUAUGGGGAUUUUUCAUAUUUUUGAUUUUAAUACGUAUCCCGCUCCAAAAUCACUUCUAUGUCCACUUGCUUUUAGUAAACUUAACUUUUCAUAUUGCUAUUAUUAUUGAGACAGUCCUUUCUCUUUUUAUCAUAUUAGAAGUCUGGAAACAAACAAGAAAUCUCAAGAAGAAAUCACUAAUAAGUGUAACUUUUUUAAGAAACAAAAAAACGACAAAAUCCAUUCUUCUUAUACUGUUCAUUUUUAAAGCGUGUUUUACACCGAUUUUUGUCGCAGACUCUGUAAUUCUUGCAUGUUCCGCAUGUCAUUCUCAUCUCAGUGUUAUUUCAACAAUACUUUGUUUAUCUCUCGUAUUGACCCACGUAAAUUCUUGUCUGAAUCCUUUUCUUUAUGCUUUUCGUCUUCCUAAAUUUCGAAAACCUGUAGCUUUAAUAGCUAAACAAUUAUUUUGCUGUAGACGUCAUUCAAAAGUAUACAAUGACCACACUUUGGAAGAUUUGAAUGCCAAUUAUAAAGUAAAGCACAGCAAGGAAAGACUAAAUGCAGUCAAUGUUGAACCGGCAAAUACUUUUGUUGAUACUAGAUUGUAGUCACUCUGCUAUGCAGUACGAUAGUUCAGUAUCCUAAAAAUCGUUCGUUUUGAUUGGCUGUUGGAGCGGAAGGUAGUCAAGCUCUAUUUCUGACCGCGGUAGGGUAUCUCUUCAUACCGGAUAGCUAAACAGGAAUCCAUGAAGUGGAAAAGGAAAUGGAAACCGUCUGAAACUUUGUCCUCGGCCUUGAGAACGAUUCGGGAAGAAUUGGUCCGUAUAUUCAAAACCUCGGCCUGUAAAUAACCUCGCAUGAUCGAGCUCUAUGUGCUGUUUGAAACCAAACAUUCUGAAGGAUGUUCAUCUGCCAUCUUGUAUACAGCCUAAAGAAGUUCACUGAAUAUGGUCGAAAUAUAGGUGUUUUCAAAAACAAAAAUAUCGUUACUUGUGUUAUCUUAUAUAAAUAUAUUGUCUGGAUAGACAAAGACUUUUCAAUUUGAAUGUUUAUGCAAAGAACUAUAAAACUAAACUAAA